AACACUAGUCAAAAAUAUUGAAAGUCUCGGCGCCAAAUACUCAAAGCCAUAUCAAGGUACUAGAUUGUUGGAAGCCUUGCUGAACAACGUUUCCCAGUUGAGCUCCCACCAAUCUUCUUCUUUUUUCAUAUGUGUUUCUGUCUAUAUCCACACAUACCCUAACACUUUCACAUUGUAUAUACCACAUAAUAAUCUUUAUAAAUUACACGCCUUCACAUUUGUUGUACAUUAUUAACACAUAAUCUUGGAAAGUGAGGCUGGGGAGAAAAAAUAAAUAAAUUCCCACCUCUGAAUUGUAUUCUUUUUUCCUAUAACUUGUGGGGUUUUGACAUAGAGAGUUAUAUAUUGAGUGAUUGAUUGGAGGGUUGAGUUGAGGAAAUCAAGAAAAUGGAUGGAGCAAAUUUAUACAAGGCAAGUCAUAGUGUGAGAAGGAGUAGCAGGGAAUCAAUGGGGAGUUUGAGAACAGGUAGUUCUGCAUGGAGGGAUCAGGGUGUGGAAGUUUUCUCGAAAUCGAUAAGAGAUGAAGAUGAUGAAGAGGCUUUGAAGUGGGCUUCUCUUGAGAAGCUGCCUACUUUUGAUAGGCUGAGAAAAGGCUUGCUUCUUGGCUCACAAGGUGGUGGUUUUAAUGAAGUUGAUGUUGAUGAUCUUGGAGUCAACCAGAGAAAAAAUUUACUUGAGAGGCUUGUGAAGAUUGCUGAUGAAGAUAAUGAGAAGUUCUUGUUAAAGCUCCGGGAUCGUAUUGAUAGAGUUGGAGUUGAGAUACCCACUAUCGAAGUUAGAUUUGAGAAUUUGAAUAUUGAAGCAGAAGCUUUUGUAGGGAGCAGAGCUUUGCCUUCUUUUAUCAACUUCAAUCGUAGUAUGGUGGAGGCAUUCUUAAACAUUUUCCAUUUACUUCCGAAUAACAAGAAGAAACUAACUAUCCUUGAAAAUGUUAGCGGGAUCCUCAAGCCUUGCAGGAUGACAUUGCUUCUAGGUCCUCCCAGUUCAGGGAAGACCACACUGAUGCUUGCUUUAGCUGGGAAGCUAGAUCCUACCCUUAAGACUUCUGGAAAGGUGACUUACAACGGCCAUACCAUGAAAGAGUUUGUUCCCCAAAGAACAGCUGCUUAUAUCAGCCAACAUGAUCUUCAUAUAGGAGAAAUGACAGUGAGAGAAACCUUGGCUUUUUCUGCAAGGGUCCAGGGGGUCGGAUCACGAUUUGAAAUGUUAGCGGAGCUAGCAAGACGAGAGAAAGAUGCAAACAUUAAACCAGAUCCUGAUGUUGACAUCUACAUGAAGGCAGCCGCAACAGCAGGUCAAGAGGCUAGUGUGGUCACAGAUUACGUCCUGAAGGUUUUGGGACUCGAUAUAUGUGCAGACACUAUGGUAGGAGACCAGAUGAUUAGGGGUAUAUCUGGAGGACAGAAGAAGCGUGUUACGACAGGUGAGAUGAUGGUGGGACCAUCAAGGGCACUUUUUAUGGACGAGAUAUCUACUGGUCUGGACAGUUCAACAACAUUUCAAAUUGUAAAAGCUCUCCGGCACAGUGUGCACAUUCUGCAAGGAACUGCUCUCAUAUCUCUCCUGCAGCCAGCACCGGAAACUUUUGAUCUAUUUGAUGACAUUAUUCUUUUAUCAGAUGGCCACAUAGUGUAUCAGGGUCCCCGUGAACACGUGCUUGAGUUUUUCGAAUCUAUGGGUUUUAAAUGUCCACAAAGGAAAGGUGUUGCUGAUUUCUUGCAAGAAGUGACAUCAAAGAAAGAUCAGAAACAAUACUGGAUAAACAGAAACCAGCCUUACAGAUUUAUUACAUCGGAAGAAUUUGCCGAUGCUUUCCGGUCCUUCCAUGUUGGACAACAUGUUCGCAAUGACCUUGCAACUGCAUUUGACAAAGGUAAAAGCCAUCCAGCUGCUUUGACUACUAAUAGGUAUGGCGUCAACAAGACAGAACUCUUGAAAGCCGUAACUGCCAGAGAAAUUUUGCUAAUGAAGAGAAAUUCAUUUGUUUACAUGUUUAAAUUGUUUCAACUUACAAUCAUGGCUUUCAUAACUAUGACAUUGUUCUUAAGAACUGAGUUCAAUCAGGAUAAUGUCACUCAAGGAGGGUUUUACAUGGGUGCUUUAUUUUUUGGUGUGGUUAUGUUAAUGUUUAACGGUCUGGCAGAGCUUGCCAUGACAAUUGCAAAGCUUCCUGUCUUUUAUAAGCAACGAGACCUUCUCUUUUUUCCUACAUGGUCAUAUGCUCUUCCAACAUGGAUUAUCAAGAUACCUAUAACAUUUUUGGAAGCUGCUGUCUGGGUGGUCCUUACCUAUUAUGUUAUUGGAUUUGAUCCAAAUGUUGGAAGAUUCUUCAAACAAUACCUGAUACUCUUGCUAAUCAAUCAAAUGGCUUCUGCACUAUUCCGGAUGACUGGGGCGUUGGGUAGGAAUAUGACUCUUGCAAAUUCAUUUGGAGGAUUUGCAUUGCUUAUACUUUUCGCAUUAGGUGGUUUUGUCCUAGCUCGAGGGGAUGUACCGGAUUGGUGGCUAUGGGGUUACUAUAGCUCCCCUAUGAUGUAUGGUAUGAAUGCCAUUGCAGUAAAUGAGUUUCUUGGUCAUCAAUGGAAAAAAUUAAAUCCAGAUGGAACUGAGACCAUUGGAGUUGCACUUUUGAAAUCUCGAGGCUUCUUCCCUUAUUCAUACUGGUAUUGGAUAGGGGCAGGGGCAUUAAUUGGAUUUAUUCUCAUACUUAACGUCGGCUACACGUUGGCACUCAUGUUUCUUAACCCUCUGGGAAAGCCUCAAGCUAUUAUACCAGAGAGCAGUGAUGCUGCUGAGGGUGAAGAAUCCAAUACUGAGAAUAAUCAAACCAAGAAGAAAGGAAUGAUUCUUCCCUUUGAGCCGCAUUCUAUUACAUUUGAUGAUAUUAAAUAUUCUGUUGACAUGCCCCAGGAAAUGAAAGAACAAGGUGUUGUUGAAGAUAAGCUAUUGCUUCUGAAGGGUGUGAGUGGAGCUUUUAGGCCAGGUGUUCUUACUGCUCUAAUGGGUGUCAGUGGUGCUGGUAAAACAACUUUGAUGGAUGUGCUUGCUGGUCGGAAAACUGGUGGAUAUAUCGAGGGAAAUGUUACUGUUUCGGGGUAUCCAAAGAAGCAGGAGACAUUUGCUCGGAUAGCUGGAUACUGUGAGCAGAAUGAUAUUCACUCACCUCAUGUUACUGUGUAUGAGUCAUUGCUUUACUCAGCCUGGCUGCGAUUGUCCUCAGAAGUUGAUACUGCCAAAAGAAAGAUGUUUGUCAAUGAAGUCUUGGAACUUGUUGAACUGGACAACUUAAAGGAAGCGCUUGUUGGUUUGCCAGGUGUAAAUGGUCUUUCUACUGAACAACGCAAGAGGUUAACCAUUGCAGUUGAAUUGGUAGCAAACCCAUCAGUUAUAUUCAUGGACGAGCCAACUUCAGGGCUGGAUGCAAGAGCUGCCGCAAUUGUGAUGAGGACAGUUAGAAAUACUGUCGACACCGGAAGAACAGUUGUUUGCACUAUCCAUCAACCAAGCAUCGACAUAUUUGAAGCUUUUGAUGAGCUAUUCUUAAUGAAGCGAGGAGGCCUGGAGUUAUAUGCAGGGCCAGUGGGUCGGAAUUCUUGUGAAUUAAUCCAGUACUUUGAGGGAAUUGACGGAAUAAGUAAAAUUAAAGACGGAUAUAAUCCAGCCACCUGGAUGUUGGAAGUUACUGCAUCUUCCCAAGAAAUAAUUCUGGGGAUUGAUUUUACAGAAAUAUACAAGAAUUCUGAUCUGUACAGGAGAAACAAAGCACUUAUCAAAGAAUUAAGUACACCUCGUCCUGGUUCCUCAGAUCUCAGCUUUCCUACUCAGUACUCGCAAUCUUUCAUUGUCCAAUGCGUGGCUUGUCUAUGGAAACAAAGAUGCUCGUACUGGCGAAACACAUCAUAUACUGCAGUGAGAUUCCUUUUCACGACUGCUAUAGCAUUAAUUUUUGGAUCGAUGUUCUGGGACCUUGGUUCAAAAAUGAAUACGCGGCAAGAUCUCUUCAAUGCAAUGGGUUCUAUGUAUGCUGCUUGCCUCUUCCUCGGUGUCCAAAAUGCUUCAUCAGUGCAGCCAGUGGUUGCUGUAGAACGAACCGUGUUUUAUAGAGAAAGAGCAGCUGGAAUGUAUUCCGCUUUGCCAUAUGCCUUUGCUCAGGUUUUAGUAGAAAUUCCAUAUGUCUUCUGUCAAGCUGUUGCAUAUGGUCUUAUUGUAUAUGCAAUGAUCGGAUUCAAAUGGACGGCUGUAAAAUUCCUUUGGUACUUGUUCUUCAUGUUCUUCACAUUCAUGUACUUCACCCUCUAUGGUAUGAUGACUGUGGCCGUGACUCCUAACGCUGAUGUUGCUGCGAUUAUUGCUGCUGCAUUUUAUGGAAUUUGGAAUCUCUUUUCUGGAUAUAUUGUCCCACGACCUAGCAUGCCUCAGUGGUGGAGAUGGUACUCUUGGUUAUGUCCAGUUGCUUACACAUUGUAUGGUCUGAUUGCAUCACAAUUCGGAGAUAUCGAUGACAAGACACUUACAGACACAAACCAAACUGUGAAGAAAUUCAUUGAAGAUUACUUUGGGUUCGAACAUGAUAAUGUCUGGGCAGUUGCACUUGCAGUCGUUGGAUUUACACUUCUUUUUGCAGUCACAUUUGCCUUCUCCAUUAAAUCAUUCAACUUCCAGAGAAGGUAGAAAGUUAAGGCAGAGAUUUGAUCUUGCUCAUUACAGGAUCCCCAAUCAACUGAUGACUUAUCUAUGUGCAUAUAGUGUAUCAUGUAACUUGUUGUGAGGUUGUGAAGCGACAGGCCUUAAAUAGUUUCCUACUACGACGAAAAAUAAGACUAAAUAGAUCUCUAGGAGAUUUUUAGACAUUUUUUGACUUUUUUCAAGUUGUAUAAACAGGUGAUUCAUGAUUGUAUAGGCUUUAUACAUUACAUAAACCUCUGUAAUGAUAUUCAGACCACCUGGGACGAGACCUUUGUUUUUAAAUAUUUAGAACCGAAGAUCCAUGACUAGCCAAGGUUCUUUGGAAUCCUGGUAUGGCAAAC